AUGUUGUCAGUACUUCAAUUUAUUGUUAUAACGCUUUUGACCUCAAUUGCGUCAUCAAAGAAAAUCAACCUAUUCAUAAGACCAGUUGAUCAAACGACAGCCGAUCCAAUUGGAUUCAUCGAGAAUGACGCAGUGUACCUAAUGGAUGUCAGUCUACAACCAGAUCAAGCAUAUUGCAUUGGCACCAAGGAUAUACACAACAAUGAUUGCUUUAGCUAUCAAAGCAAUCUAUCAAACUUGACUCACGCCGUAUUCAGUUUAUUUCUCGACGAAGAUGGUGAUAUUCUGAGAUUGUCUUUGUCUUUUGACGAUAGGUUGGACAAACCACAAGUAAAGAAGCGUAAGCAGGUUAUUGCCGCACAGCCAAACUUAAACCCCGAUUCAAUGAAGAAACAAAGAGAUGAGCAACAGAAGAAAGCUGGUAACGAGCCGGUUGUUGAAAAAGUGAAACAAAAAAAACUAAUUAAAGAGAUUGAUGCCAAUGGAGUUGAGGUAACAAGAGAAAUUGAAGAAGAAGUAGAAGUCGCUGUCGAUGAUAGAUCAUGGAUUCAAAAGAAUUGGAUGUAUAUUGUACCUCCAUUGAUUAUUUUCAUGUUAGCAGGUGGUGGUAAUGAACAAAGGUAG